CCUUAUAAUAAUUAUAAGGAGAACGAUCUUCAGUUUAUACACUAGAAUUAUUUUGCCCUCCAUACCUGAUGUCUGCAGCUGGAAAUUGCGGGGCGUGGGGAACAAUGUUGGAAGAAGACAGGGAUCAAAUCUAUGAGAAUGUCCUGGUGGAGAUUCAGUCUUUUGAGCUGCCUGUUGAAGCUACGUUAAGGUCCGUGUAUGAUGACCAGCCAAACGCACACAAGAAGUUUAUGGAGAAGUUGGAUGCAUGUAUCCGUAAUCAUGACAAGGAAAUUGAAAAGAUGUGUAAUUUUCAUCAUCAGGGUUUUGUAGAUGCGAUUACAGAACUCCUUAAAGUAAGGACCGAUGCAGAAAAACUGAAGGUGCAAGUUACUGAUACCAACCGAAGGUUUCAAGAUGCUGGAAAAGAGGUGAUAAUUCAAACAGAAGAUAUUAUUCGAUGUAGAAUUCAGCAGCGAAAUAUUACAAUGGUGGUAGAAAAAUUGCAAUUAUGCCUUCCAGUGCUGGAAAUGUACAGUAAGUUAAAAGAGCAGAUGAGUGCAAAAAGGUAUUAUUCUGCCCUUAAAACCAUGGAACAAUUAGAGAAUGUGUAUUUUCCCCGGGUUAGUCAGUACCGAUUUUGUCAGCUAAUGAUAGAAAAUCUUCCUAAACUCCGUGAGGAUAUUAAAGAAAUCUCCAUGUCUGAUCUCAAAGACUUUUUAGAAAGCAUUCGAAAACAUUCUGACAAAAUAGGAGAAACUGCAAUGAAACAGGCACAGCAGCAGAAAAUCUUCAGUGUUACUCUGCAGAAGCAAAAUAAUGUGAAAUUUGGGAAGAAUAUGUAUAUAAAUCAUGAUAGAAAUCCAGAAGAAAGGAAUGAAACUGUAUCAAAGCAUGCACUUGAGGAAGAGGAUGAGAACGAAGAGGAGAUCUUAACUGUUCAGGAUCUUGUUGACUUUUCCCCUGUUUAUCGAUGUUUGCACAUUUAUUCUGUUUUGGGUGAUGUGGAAACAUUUGAAAAUUAUUAUCGAAAACAAAGAAAGAAACAGGCGAGACUGGUACUGCAACCACAGUCAAGCAUGCAUGAAACAGUUGAUGGCUAUAGAAGAUAUUUCACUCAAAUUGUAGGGUUCUUUGUGGUGGAAGAUCAUAUUUUACAUGUGACCCAAGGAUUAGUAACCAGGGCAUACACUGAUGAACUUUGGAACAUGGCCCUCUCGAAGAUAAUUGCUGUCCUGAGAGCCCAUUCAUCUUACUGCACCGAUCCUGAUCUCGUUCUGGAGCUGAAGAACCUCAUUGUAAUAUUCGCAGAUACUUUGCAGGGUUAUGGAUUUCCAGUGAACCGACUUUUUGACCUUUUAUUUGAAAUAAGAGAUCAAUACAAUGAAACACUGCUUAAGAAAUGGGCUGGAAUUUUCAGGGAUAUUUUCGAAGAAGAUAAUUAUAGCCCAAUUCCUAUUACCAAUGAAGAAGAAUAUAAAAUAGUUAUCAGUAAAUUUCCCUUUCAAGAUCCAGACCUUGAAAAGCAAUCUUUCCCAAAGAAAUUCCCUAUGUCUCAGUCAGUGCCUCAUAUUUAUACUCAAGUUAAAGAAUUUAUUUAUGCCAGCCUUAAAUUUUCAGAGUCGCUACACCGAAGCUCAACAGAAAUAGACGAUAUGCUUAGAAAAUCAACAAAUCUGCUGCUGACUAGAACGCUGAGUAGCUGUUUACUGAACCUUAUUAGAAAGCCUCACAUGGGCUUGACAGAGCUAGUCCAAAUCAUUAUAAACACAACACACCUGGAACAAGCUUGUAAAUACCUCGAAGACUUUAUAACCAACAUUACAAAUAUUUCUCAAGAAACUGUUCAUACUACAAGACUUUAUGGACUUUCUACUUUUAAGGAUGCUCGACAUGCCGCAGAAGGAGAAAUAUAUACCAAGCUUAAUCACAAAAUUGACGAAUUUGUCCAGCUUGCUGAUUAUGACUGGACAAUGGCUGAGCCAGAUGGAAGAGCGAGUGGUUACUUAAUGGAUCUUAUUAAUUUUUUGAGAAGCAUCUUUCAAGUGUUUACUCAUUUACCUGGGAAAGUUGCCCAGACGGCUUGUAUGUCAGCCUGCCAGCAUCUGUCCUUGUCCUUGAUGCAGAUGCUGCUGGACAGUGAGUUAAAGCAGAUAAGCAUGGGAGCCGUUCAGCAGUUCAACCUCGAUGUCAUCCAGUGUGAGCUGUUCGCCAGCUCCGAGCCUGUGCCAGGAUUCCAGGGGGAUACCCUGCAGCUAGCAUUCAUUGACCUCAGACAACUCCUGGACCUGUUUAUGGUUUGGGAUUGGUCUACUUAUCUAGCAGAUUACGGACAGCCUGCUUCUAAAUAUCUUCGAGUGAAUCCAAACACAGCCCUGACUCUUUUGGAGAAGAUGAAGGAUACUAGCAAAAAGAACAAUAUAUUCGCUCAGUUCAGGAAGAACGAUCGAGACAAACAGAAGCUGAUUGAGACGGUGGUGAAACAGCUGAGAAGCCUGGUGAAUGGUAUGUCCCAGCACACAUAGACUUCAGUCGCUCGCAUUCCGUGACACCAGGUCGGUGACUCAGCACCGCUCUUUAACAAGCACUGGUCAUGAAACAGUAAUGUGUUGAUAGAGUUCAAAAUACAUUAGGAAAAAGACACUGCCGAGGGCUUGAACAAGAAACAGUAAUAUCAUUUGUACGGAUUUUUACAUAAUUGAAUACUAUUUUAUAUAUGGAAUAUGUGACUUUUUUACUUUUAAGGGAAAAAGGCAAAACUAAUAUAUAAAUCAAGUCAAAAGUUGUAUAUGAAACUGAUUGCAAAUACAUUAGGCAAGCUUUAUGCCUCUUACACGUUUUUUUCUAUUUUGACUUAAAUGAUUUUGUGGGUUUUUUUCUCAUCAGUAGAUGAAUAUGGAAUGCAAUUGUGUCUGAUGUGGGAGCAUUUCACUGCCAUUUUCUGACUUUUAGCUUUGUUUCCACUGCAGUGUAAUUUAAGUAGACUAAAAAUUUUUAAUUCUGCUGAUUCUGAGGAGCCAAUAGACAUCUUCAAAGCUCCCCGAAAUGGAACUUGAUUUUAAUGUAGUAAGGAUGGAAAUUAUUUGUUCUACUUGGAUGGUUUAAUUUAAUUGUUCUGAAUAUGAAGAAAAAGAUUUCGGAGUUCCCGAAGAUGCAGGGUCUUUCACGCUCACGCAGAGGGGGUGAACAUCUCCGAUUUCUCCUGGUACUGACCGGCUCUAGGAUUGCUCUGGUUUUGUUUGUUGGAGAGGGACUGACUGGGGCUAACCCCUCUAGGUGCAGCCUGUGCACCAGUAGCCAGGCUCCCCAUGCAGAGGUCACCGCAGGGGUCAGGCUGCUCCCGAGGCAGGUCUCCACCGUGCCCCUCACUGUGGGAACAGGCCAAACCAAUGAACUCUGGAAAGCCCAUGGCGGUUGUACAGUUUCCUUUGUGUAAGUUGCCAGGGUCCAAAUUGCAAACAAAUCUGACUGCUGUUUUCUCUGUGUUUAUACCGAAUACUCCCUGUGCGUUCUCAGGGGCUGCACACCUGGCUCUGUAAGAUCAGUGUACAGAUCGUGGGUACCUCUCCUGACUGUGUGACGCAAUAUUAAAAAGGUUGACAAGCUGUU